AUGGCCACUGCUGAGAGGACAAAACAGGCAAUCAGCAGUGGCAUGUUGAAGGCUGUCACUGAUGAGAAUGGAGAUGAGAUCAGGUACUCACUGCAGAAAUCACCUCGGCGAGGACGACUCAUCAGGCAAAUCCAGGGAAACCAGUUCGAAGAGAUAACAACCUUCUCGCAAGCAGAGCUGGAAGCUGGAAACAUCUACUAUGAACACCAGAUGCCCGAGGAACCCUUCUGGGUCGUACGUGACUCGCUGCAGCUGCAGUCGUCAUCGCCCUCGCUCCCGGCCGUCCUCCUACCAAUCACUGUGUCUUUCUCUGCCGCUGAUCACAAUGUUUCAUCUCAGCUCUGGAAGAAUAAAGGUUUAGAUGUAGUCCAAGGCCAGAGUAAGGUCAUAGACAGAUCACGACUGGACGCCUCCAAUCUGCUGGCCAGCCUUGCCGAGGCCGAGCGCAGCACCCAGGAUGUGUUGUUCAAAGUGAAGGAGUUCCCCACUCAUGGCCGGCUCACACUGGCCGGUGUGGACAUCACACAAGACGCCCCGUACUUUCACCAGGAGGACGUGGACACUGAUGCUCUAGAGUAUCAGCACGAUGACUCUGGCGCCCCCUCUGACAGUUUCUCCUUCCGUGCCUGGCUCAACCCCCAUGGAAGAGGUCCCUCCAGCCCACCGCAGUCCGCCCUGGUGAUGGAGGAGAUCUUCCGCCUGAACGUCCGACCGCGCGACUCCAGCGCCCCAGAGCUCGUCAGCCUGGACUUGCUGUUGGAGGUUCUACAGGGUUCCACUGAGGUCCUCUCCAAACAGUACCUCAACACCAUCGAUGAGGACAGCACCCCUGAUGAGGUGCGAUUCAAGGUCCUCAAAAGCCCCACUAACGGCCAACUCGUCAACACGGACACCAACCAGCAAAUCAAGGAGUUCACCCAGGAGGACAUUAAUGCUGAACGAGUGGCAUUUGUAAGUGACGGGAGCCUCUCACAAGGUUUCAUGGAGUUCACUGUCUCAGAUGGAAAGCAUCACACCACACCAUACACGCUCCAUGUUGGCAUUCUGGCCCACACGCUGAUGCUGACAAAGCCCCAGGAGAUCUUUGUGUUGCAGGGAGAUGAUCAGACCCCCAUCACUGAAUCCAUGCUGAGGGCCAGUACAGGAGGGCCCAUUGAGGAAGAAGUCCUCUACAAAAUCGCCAGCACACCUAAGUACGCUGCACUGAUGGUGGAUAGGCAAACAACCCACGCCUUCACCCAAAAGCAAAUCAACGAGGGUCGGGUGAGCGUACGGUUUGUGACGUCUACGUCACCACGGGACAGCAUUCCCUUCCUGGCGCGGAGCAGAGCUGCCAACGUCUCUUCUGUCCUGAACAUCACAGUGAAGCCACUGGCGAAGAUAGCAAAGGAUCCUCUGCUUCCCAGAGGCGCUACUGUGCUGGUUGACGGGCAGCUGCUGGAUGCCACACCACUCGCCAACAAGGCAAAGACCCUCCCAACAUUCACGGUCAUCCAGAAGCCAAAGUCAGCACGGUUUGUUAGAAUGAAAGGACAGGGGGAGGGCGAGCCUGUGAACACAUUCACACAAAAGGAUUUGGACGACGGACUCGUUGCCCUGGAGAUCUUGAACAACACCGGUAAACAGGCAGAUGCUGAUGCGAAGGAUGAGGCCCGCUUGCUGCUCAAAGCUCAUGGGGUCCCGCCUGCUGAGUGUGUCCUACCGUUCACCACUGCCCCCUACAGUCCCACAGGUGUAUAUGGAGCAAGAGUUAUAAAAACCCCAACAUUACCAGACAAGAAGGGUGCACCCCCAAGACGGCCUUAUGGGCCAGGCCAAACUACAGCCUCUCCAAAUUCAGGGUCACGCAAGACCCCAGUGGUGUCCCGGCGGGGCAACCUGUGGUCAAUCCUCGUACCCAUAUUGAUCAUCCUCCUGCUUUUGAUUCUAGCCGCUGUUCUGGCGUUCUAUCUGGUGCGCCGGAACAAAACGGGGAAGCACAACGUCCAGACGGUUGCCACCAAGCCCAAAAACGGCGAUGUCAGUCAGGAGACGUUUAGGAAAACAGAUCCAGCCAAUAACAUUCCCAUGUCCAGCAUAGAUGGAAAGGAGGCCGAUCCUGAAUUGCUGCAGCACUGCCGGACAACAAACCCUGCCCUGAAAAAAAAUCAGUACUGGGUAUGAGAGUUCACCAUGAAUAAACAAACUGUGUUGCUCAGAACACUCACUGUUGAGCCUGGCAUAGGGCUUGUUGAAUCUCCUCCACCAGCCAUUUUAAAUGACAUUUGCUAAAGCAGUAUGCCAGAUGAUAGAUCAUAUUUGCUCUUUAUCUGAAAACAAAAAGGAAAAAUCUGCAGCUGUCUAUUCUCAGGUUGUUGGCAAGCUGCAGAAUUCCACCGACUUAAAAGAAAGGCCGCCAAGUAAAGCUACAUGCGAGUUUUGUUUGAUUUUACUCUAUUUAUUGUAGGACAUGUCGGACAUAAACACAUGUUGUGUUUGAAACUCUCUUUAGGUUUGUUCCUACAAUGAACUAUCCAAAUGUGCUCUUAUAGUAUUAUCUUGUUUCAAAGCUCUACAAGCAUACUGUAGUAUUAGUUCUAAAUUGCUGAAGUAUAUAUGUGUACAGAAAUCAAAUUCACAUUUCAUAUUUGAAUUAACUCCUAUAUAUGAAAUGGGCACGGUGCCAUUUUAGUGCUUUUUUGUUUUAUUUUUCUACAAAUGUACAAUAUUUUCUUUGUCUACCGAUAUGACUUUUGUAUCCUUAGGCUAUGGGUGGUAGUAUUGCCAACACAACUGAAAUUCUCGCUUACAUUCACUGGACUGACUGAUGGCACUGAAGAAAUAUCUGCAGCGUAUGCGAUUGCAAACCACAGACAGGAAGUCCCUCUCCAGUGGAGGCUGGUAAUCCAUCCCAAAGGGCUGGCAGGAAGUUGUGAGGUCAAUUUGAACUGGGCCCGAUUUUCCAGAGUUGUAAAGUAGUCGCAAUGAAGUAUUACUCGUUACUGUUUGCUUUGGGGAGAACAUUUUCCAUGAUAGACCAGCUGCUGUAUAAUACCCAUAUCUCUCCCAAUUUUAAAUAUAAUGUUUCCUCUUUCUGAUACUUUCUUUUAGAAGUCUAGAUUAAUGAAUAACUGAAUAUUUAUGUUAGUGCUUAGCUUUAACAAAUAGCCCAGUCUUUAGUGUUAACAUCUAAAAGUGCCCUUUAAUCUGUCAUCUUUGCUAUAACCUGUGGAGAUAUUUAAAAAACAAGCUUUGUUUCACCUAACUGAAGACUUUAUGUGUGCACUCCUCAUAUGUCCUGAAACUCUGAUACUGAUAGCCAUGUGGGGGUAACAGAUUGUGUGUGCCAAAAAUAUAAUCUCAUGAAUAUAUACUGUAUAUGUAAGCUACUGUAUAUACAUAUACCAUACAGUUUCCUGAGUUGUUGUAACAGGUUUAUCAGUCAGAAUGCCAUUUCACACUCCAUGUGGAUGCCAUUAGUCAAUAUAGUUCAAUCAUUUAAAAUGAAAUAGCAGCAGUAGCCUUGCACAGUAAUAAAAUGUCAGGGUGGGUCACCGGCCUAAAAUAAAAUACCAGAGUCAGAGAGAAGAUAGAUGCUUUGCACAUGUUGCAUAAGCAGCAUCUGUUUCGUGUCACUUUCAAAAAAAAAGUUUUGUUUCUACCUUUUGAAAUGUGCGGAAUAACUUUGAAUGGGAGACAUCUGACCGAAAACAGCAAAAUGACUUUCUUACUUUGUCCUCUCUUUAUAAUGAAACUGUUUAAUUCAUAAGUAAAAAAAAGAAAAGACAUUUUAAUGUAUUUGAUAUCUUCACAUUCCUUUGUUAUGCUUUAUUCUGAAAUGUAAUAUGUUCUAGGCUAUGAGUAUACAGUGUACAAAACAUGAUGAAAUGUAAAAGUUAAAUGAAUAACAUGUCCUGUGUUUCAAGGAAAUCUUCCCUGUCAUAUUAAGUUUGCAUAGUUGGCUUGUGCUACUCACUGUAUUGUUCUUAUCACAAUAAUGUUGGUAUUAAUAUGUCCUUUCGUUGUAAAUCAGAUGGAUCUAAAGAUGUCAGAAUCCUCAUCUUAUUAUACUGUAAGACACAUAAACAUUCCAUUAUCGUCAGAUGCAUUUGCCAUUGAGAUUUUUUCCAUAUAACUGAGUAUUUAUAUAUUUUUGAUUAUUUUGGAUCAAACCAGACUGAGAUAUCUCAGGAAAUGUGUGUGUGUUUUAUCUGCAGUGCAUGAUAAUUCAAAUACAUUAUUCAAAGGCUAAGAGAUAGCUCAGGAAAUCAACAGUUUGUGUCUUUUAUGUGUACCAAUGAGAGUUGGAUUCUUUAUGAUUUAAAAGAAAUAGUUAUUGAUUUCUUGCAGUUGUCAAUAUUUUUUUUCUUAACUGCAUCCUUAUGUGUGCUACAAAAGCCCCUUUAAAUGAUCUGUAUCUUAAAGCAUACUCCUAAUAUUUAAUUUCUACUUUUCAACUUCUUGAUCACGUAGGGGACAUUGCCAAUGACUUUCAUCAACAGUUAUUUAUUUUUCUAUACCUUCUAUGGCAGUGAGGAAAAUGUGAUCUAUGUUGAAAUUGUAACCCACAAAAGCUGCCUUGAAAAUGUUUGUUACCCAAGCCUGGAAAAUAGACAAUAAAGUCCAAAUACUA